AAUAUCCUCACCGCCGUUUUGAUUCCAUUGGCCUAUAAAUGUGGAACAAAUUGCCGUCCGCGCAUAGCUACCUCGUACUUACAAUGUCUUACUGCUUUGACGGAUGAGGCAUUUUUUUGCUACCCAGUAUAUAUAACAGCGUCUUACAGUUAGAAAUCCAUAAUCAUGUUGCAUGAUAAAGGAAACCAAUUUUAGACAUCCUGGAUAUAGUUUAGGUUUGUGUCGUUUUUUAUGAGCGGCAAUGAAUUUACAUAAGGAUUCGGGCUGGUUUUAUUCGUGAAGCUGGACUGCAAUUAGAGUUUAGAAACGAAGGUCCAUUUAUACGUAGUGCAGCGAAUUGAUCAUAUAUGUUCAUCAAUAUAAAAUGUAGUAUUUAUAUAUGGCUUACACAAAGCAAAUAUCUGAAUUCAGCAUCAAGCAAUAUUUAAUAUUUGAUAUGACUUCCUUUGUCAGUUACGAGCAGCGCCUUUGUUUUCAGAUAUUAAAAUAACAGCCUAUAUCCCCGAACCCUUGCUGACGCCUUUAGUCGGGGAUCGCUUUAUUAACGGGAGAUAGUUACUCGACUCGAGAGCUAAAAUCAGCAUUGAAGGCAAAUUGUGCGGCUGUGGCUCCAGUCGCUUCAAGGAAACGCGAAGAUCGACGGCGUCCGGAAGACGCGUCUCCCAGCUAGAAACGCAAAACCUGCAGGGUCUUGGGGAUUUAGGUAUGAUGAAACAAAAGAACAAAGGAUGCCUUAGAAGAGAGACUGCUUUCAAGCUUGGAUUGUAUUUUUAAAAAGACCACUGCUGAUGGAUCUAUAUACCCGUGCCCCUUGAUCAUGAAACUUGAUUGAAGCUAUUAUCUUAUAAUCCCUCCAUCUAUGGCGAACUAUAGCCAUGCAGGUGACCACAACAUCUUGCAGAAUGUCUCUCCUCUCAUCACGUUCCUCAAACUGACCUCUCUGGGUUUCAUCAUCGGUGUCGGCGUGGUGGGCAACCUCCUGAUCGCUAUCCUGCUCAUCAAAGACAAAAGCUUACAGAGAGCUCCUUACUAUUUUUUGCUGGACCUCUGUGUCUCAGAUGUGUUGCGGUCGGCGAUCUGUUUCCCGUUCGUGUUCACCUCCGUCAAAAAUGGGUCAGCGUGGACGUACGGCACGCUCACCUGCAAAGUGAUCGCCUUCCUGGGCGUGCUCUCCUGCUUCCACACGGCCUUCAUGCUCUUCUGCGUCAGCGUGACCCGCUACCUGGCCAUCGCGCACUACCGCUUCUACACCAAGCGGCUGACCUUCUGGACCUGCUUGGCCGUCAUCUGCAUGGUGUGGACGCUCUCGGUGGCCAUGGCCUUCCCGCCCGUGCUGGACGUGGGCACCUACUCCUUCAUCCGGGAGGAAGACCAGUGCACCUUCCAGCACCGAUCGUUCCGGGCCAACGACUCACUGGGCUUCAUGCUUCUCCUGGCCCUCAUUCUCCUGGCUACCCAGCUGGUAUACCUCAAGCUCAUCUUCUUUGUCCACGACCGACGGAAGAUGAAGCCCGUACAGUUCGUGCCAGCCGUCAGCCAGAACUGGACCUUCCACGGACCCGGGGCCAGCGGGCAGGCAGCCGCCAACUGGCUAGCCGGCUUCGGGAGGGGCCCGACCCCCCCCACCCUGCUGGGGAUCCGGCAGAACGCAAACCCGGCGGGCCGGCGCCGCCUGCUGGUCCUGGACGAGUUCAAGACGGAGAAACGCAUCAGCAGGAUGUUCUACAUCAUGACAUUCUUCUUCCUGGUGUUGUGGGGGCCCUACCUGGUGGCGUGCUACUGGAGGGUGUUCGCCAGAGCCCUGUCUGUGCCGGGGGGCUAUCUGACGGCGGCGGUGUGGAUGAGUUUCGCCCAGGCCGGUGUCAACCCCUUCAUCUGCAUUUUCUCCAACCGUGAGCUCAGGCGCUGUUUCAGCACCACGCUCCUGUACUGCAGGAAAUCCCGGUUACCGAGGGAACCCUACUGUGUUAUAUGAGAGUUUUAGCUCCUCAUGUUGAUCGCUGGUUAUUCUCCCUACUCAACUCUCUCUUUCAACAGACGGAAGGGUGGACUGUCAAUCGAUCACCUUAAAUAAAGACAUACGAGAUUUAAGAAACUUUCUUGGAAGGGACAUCGAGAUGUUCGCGUGUAUGUACAGACAGUGGAAAGACCUGCGUUUAUGUUCUAGUAAACCGUUACUGUGGAAGGCCGUUGGAUCCAACUACACAGGAACGUCAACCCAAAAGGCUUGACCCCCCCUUAUGCAUUGGAUACUUAUUGACUAUUUAGUGAGUUAAAAAAAAAAAAAAAAAAAGCAAAUACCUCUGAGGAAUUAUUGGAUUUGUUUUACAACCAACCAAGUUGCACUAAGAAGACUAACGAGGAUUUUUACUGCUCAGUGACGAUGUAAGAAAGUAAGUUGAGUUUUAGACAGAAUGCUGAGUGCUUUAUUACACAAGAGACGUUUCAUUUGCGGUGGGAGGAGCGGAGUGUGUCCUCUGACCAACACUGCAGGAAUAUACCUUCACAAGAGGAAUUAAAAAAAAAAAAAUCAAUGUAAGUGUUCUUUUCAUUUUGGGGAGGUGGGAUGGGGUAUUAAGGGUUACCUUUGUGUGUUGUUGAAACUGCAACUUAAUUAGAAUCUAUUUAUUGUAGUUUUAAUAUUCAUAUUUCCAUUUUGACUGGCAUUAUUUUUCUCUACAAUUUUUUAUAUGGAAACGAGCCGACGAUGUCAGGUGAAAAAUUGCUUUUGAAAACAAACCCAAAUAAACAAUGGAAAAAAAAUGUUAAAUGUAUCAUAGUCGUCCAUUUCCGUGCCCUGCCACAGAAAUGUAGUUACAGUCUUGGUGAUACAACUCUGGGUAUUCUUGCCUUAAUGGUCAUCAUUAAGUUUUUUUUUCUUCUCCUUUGGUUUGAGGAAAGCUCUAGGAAUAACAAUGCUGUUUUGCAACAGCUUGAGAAGCAUGACUUGGAAGCUUGUUGCUCUCUGUUGGGUCAUCACUGAGCUACAAUACAGUAACACUGGCCUGACUUUCAAAGAGGUGCCAUUUCUGUCCCAGUACACCUAAAACGGGGGGGGGGGGGUGUCGCUAUGAGCUGGACAUUUGCCAUGUAAAGACCAGAGCCUUAGUUUGAUAUCUUGCACAAACCUUGUAAAAAACAAAGAAGAAGGACAGAGCGUUGAAAAAAGUCCAUGUAUCAAAGGCACACUGUUUUGUUUAUACUUUCCGUAGAUUUGCUCUCUACUGAUUAUUUUAAUUAACUUUUUUUUCUUGUGGCCAUUUUGAUAUUUAUUCCUUUUUUUGUAUUUUAAAGGUAGUUUGAGUGUAAGUGUGUUCGUCCUUUAAUUUGGAGGGUCCCGAAUUGGGUUGCCGUUUGAAGAUUGCAUUUGCCAAAAGAAACCUGUGUAAUCUGUUGCUUACAUUUUUGAAAAUAAAAUUUGACAUUUUGAAAA